CACGACGAACGUUCGAGUUUGAAGCCAGUUGGUUGCGCUGACGAUGGGAGUGACUGACAAGAGCGUAGCUUGCGUGGGGCUGGGGCUAGUAGUGCUGUCGUACUGGCUGUGGAGAUCUCCGUGGACGGUCGUGGGUUACAUCGCCCUUGCUCUGGUUGUGCUGGUCUUGGGCGUUAUGCUGUGGAUUGUCUGGGUUCUGGUGUGUAUAGAGGCUUUUUUUAAGCGGCCAACGGUAGUCGCCGCCCCCCUAAAGUCCCCCCCAGCUGAAACACCCAAGCACUCAAAGGCCAGCCUUGGGAGCCUACUGGGAUGUAUUGGAGGCGCAUUGAAAGGGAUUCAAAGCGUUGAGUCCUGGUGCCAUAGAAGGCGAAAGCGAUUAAAACAGCCAAGACCCCCCUCCAUGCCCCCUGCUCUUUCGCAGCUGCCUCCAGUCGUCCAGUGUGUUGUUUGUUUAGAAUUGGUGCCAAUCGCAGACUGUGCGAGUUGCACAGGGUGCCCGAUGGCUUGCUGCGGGAUUUGUAUGGAGAAAUACCUCUGCCUUAAAGUCACAAGUGACCACCAAAUGCACCUUGGGUGCCCCAGCUGUUCAGCUGCACUGGGUGCAGCUACACUGAAGCGAUUUAUGAGUCCGUACUUGCAACAAAAGUUGGUCGAAUUGGAGCAGUCCCACCGCUCGUUCAAGUGCCCCAAGUGCCACAGCGACAAGAGUAUCGUCAUCCCUAGUGGGUACAUUUCAAGGCGAAGUUUGACCUGCACCCAGUGCAAGUCUUGUUGGUGCAUCGACUGCGGCCUGAAAUACCACUACUUUGCCACGCAAGCAUGUGGUUCAUUCCGCAAGUGGCGGGCGAAACACCGCGUGAAGGCGUGCCCAAACUGCACGCGGUUCAUCGAAAAGGUCGAUGGGUGCAACCACAUGACGUGCACCCAGUGCAAGUUCCAGUUUUGCUGGGUUUGCUCGACCAAGUGGACUCUCCUACACAAGUGCACGCCGCGCUGGUUUGCUGGCUAACAAGAUCCAAGCCAAUCCCUUAAUACUAAGUCAGUACAGUACUACAAAACCCUGUAUACUACGUAUUAAUAGUACUACGAAG